AUGUAUUCCAAGUAUGAUUUUAUUAAGGAUCUUAAUCCUUCUAAAGAGGAGUGGAGGAUUAAGGCUAGAGUUGUUAGAACAUGGAAGGUUCCUAAUUUUCAGCAAAAAAAUUUGGACGACAACGUAGAGAUGAUUCUGUUAGAUGAAAAGGGUGGAAGGGUCCACGCUGCUAUAAAGGGUUCUUUAAAUAUCUGUAACAAAAUUCACGAAGGAGAAGUUUAUUUCAUAAAAAAAUUUGGAGUUGGUUUGAAUAGUGGGAGUUUCAGGCCAACUAAGCAUGAUUAUCUUUUGUCCUUCAACUUGAGGACUGAUGUAAAAUCCACUAUUGAUUCUGCUAUUCCCACCAAUGGAUUUGAUUUUGUAGAUUUUGACGUUAUAGAGAAAGAGUCUUCUGAUUCCCCUUAUUUAGUAGAUGUCAUCGGUUUAGUUUCUGGAAUAGGGGAAGUUCGUGAGCAUAUUAUCUCCGGUAGGAAGACAAAAAUGGUUGUCGUGGAGCUUGAUAACCUCAGGCUUUCGUCAGAUGUCAUUGAUAGCGGUUACACGUUGUCUCAGUUAUCAAGUCAGUCCUCGUAUUCUUUUGAGAAUGAUUUCCUGAAAGAGACGGAAAGGAAGUGUAUCAGUGAUGUUAAGAAUUGCAGUGAGGUUACUACUUGCAUUACUUAUGGAACCAUAAAAUCGAUUGAGAGCAAAUAUAAAUGGUGGUACAAGUCCUGUAAUAAAUGUCCAUAUUCUGUUUAUGAAGAUUUCGAGAAAUGGUAUUGUAAAAACUGCCAAAAACUUGAUGAUUAUUAUCCAAAAUUUUGUGUGCAGUUGAGAGUUGUGGAUCACACUGAUUCUGCAUCUUUCAUUCUGUUUGAUAGAGACUGUGUUGCUUUGUUGGGCAUGAGUGCUGCGGAUUUACGUGAGCAGCAUUUCAAAAGGGGUGAUGAUUUUGAGCACUAUCGUAAGGAACUUAAUGUUCUUAUUGAUAAAUCCAUGUUGUUUAAAGACGAAGGAUUAUUUGAGAAGGCUUGCGACAGUGUCGUUGCAUCAGCAGAACCGAAAAGAGCUACGGAUGUGAAAAGUCAGACGUGUGAUAGUGCAGACGUUGGUGAUAUUUCGCUAUCAAUGGUGACGCCGUUAAUGAAUCCUAAUGAUCCCCUUCAAGACGAUUUUAAUUCAUCAGUUAAUAGAUUGGUGAUGGAUGAAUUGUUGCAUGACAGUUUCUCUUUGAAAGAAGAGCAUGACAGGCUACUGAAUUCACUCACUAAUGAGCAGAGGGUUGUUUAUGACAAAAUAAUUUCAGCUAUUUCGGCAGGUAAAGGAGGAUUUUUUUUCCUGUACGGCUUUGGUGGGACUGGAAAAACAUUUAUUUGGAACACCCUGUCAGCAUUUGUUCGAUCUCGAGCUGAAAUAGUGCGUAAUGUUGCUUCUAGCGGAAUUGCUUCACUUCUUCUUCCUGGAGGACGUACGGCACAUUCUAGAUUUCGUAUUCCUAUACAGAUCACCGAAGAUUCAACAUGUAAUAUAAAAGAAAAUUCUACUUUGGCAGAGUUGUUGUAA